UCUUCCGGCUUACAUGUUGGAAAAAAGAAAAGACGAAUGGAAAAAUUGUAAUCCACAAACCGACCAUUGCCUGCUACCUUCACAACACGGUCCUAAUUUGUACAAAUGAGCUCCCAGCAAUUCCCCCGACACGGGCUGCCUACUUCCAGCGGGGGGGCACCUCAGAUCACUGCUGCAGGAAACCUGGUGUCUAUCACGCAGCCGUCAAAUCCAUCAGAUGCUGACAGCAGUCGGGACGCUGACCACGGGCACCAGGAUCACCCCCAUGCUGGGGGCGGAGGAAGCUUGGCGUUCAGAGAUGAGAAGCAGGAGACCAUGGUGGUCAGACCUUACCCACAAGUACAGACGCUUGGCCAGCCACAGCCUACUCCCCAAACCGUGGCCAUCAAGCCUGGCACACCUGUGACUGUCCCUGCUCCCUCUGUCCACCUCCCACCGGGCCAGCCUGCGGUCCUCACAGAGGGACAGAUAAAGGCAGUCCUGAAGUUACCUAUGCCAAGCCGUCUAAUUGCCCCAGCACCAGCUUCCAACCAGGGUCAUAUUCCCAUACCCUCCAAGGUGCCGGGUCACAUUACUGUCACCAUAGAGAGCAGUAUUGCUCCUACCCCGUCUAUUCCUGUGGCGACUAUCAGUGGUCAGCAGGGUCACUCUAGCAACUUACACCACCUAAUGCCAGCAAACAUUCAGAUCAUUAGGGGCAGUGCCCCAGCGCUGCAGAUCGGGACCCCUACGGUCCCUCCUCAGACCUACCCAUCCCAUUUACCCCGAGGGGCGGCUGCAGCAGCUGUUAUGUCCAACCCCAAAACGGUCCUGCGGCCAGCCACUGGAGCAAGUGCGGGCCCCGGCCAGCCCACAGUGCAACACAUCAUCCACCAGACUAUUCAGUCCCGCCCUACUGUAACAACGUCUUCCGCCGUGCUUCCAACUGUAGUGGCCCCCAUUUCAGCAGCAAGAACUCAGUCCCCAGUAAUCAGCCCAGCAGUCACACACUCUGCAGAGCUGGCACAUGGGCGACCAGGGCUGACAAUUCACCCCCCUCCAGCCACCGCUGUCAGUAUUCAGAGGUCUCAGACAUCCCGUGACACCGCCACCAGGAUCACGCUGCCGUCUCACCCUGCAAUUGGAGCUCAAAAGCCUCAGCCUCCGCACACCAUGACACAGAAGCCCAUCUUCAGUCCUGUAACACCGGUAGCUGCCGCUACUGUGGCACCAAUAGUUGCCACUAACACUGUUCCAUCCACAACAACAAUAGGCUCUGUGCCACAUAGCCAAAUGUCCAGUAACACUAUUGUCACAGUGACAAUGGCAUCCCACUCCUCUCAUGCUACAGCAUCAACCACCUCUGCCAUCCCUGUUGCUAAAGUGGUCCCUCAGCCCAUUGCACACUCUUCAUCCCGUGUGCAGUCGGAUUACACUGGGGAGAGAACCAACCUCAUCCCCAUUCCAGGCCAUAUCUCAUCUCCUAAUUCUGUCACCAUGGAAGCAAGAAGUGACAACAGGCCUUCGGUGCCUGUGCAGUUCCAGUAUUUCCUGCCGGCGUACUCCUCGUCAUACCCUCUGACACAUACCUACACCCCCAUCAGCAGCUCUGUGUCCACCAUCCGCCAGUAUCCUGUCACUCCUCAAGCUCCGAGUUCAGCGCUGCCCACCCAAGCUGGAGUAGGCGUGGCGACCACUGUCCAUCUAAACCACAUGCAGCUGAUGGCAGUGGACCGGAUCGGUCUCCCGUCUGCACAGAUCAGCACCCAAGGGAUCCAGCAGGCGCCGAUCACUGCACAGGGCAUUCAGCCUGCACCAAUAGGAGUGCAGGGCCUGCACACGUCUGCACCAAUCAGCGCACAAGGACUACAGCAGGCUCCAAUAGUCACUCAGCAGCAGCAAGCACAGUCUGAAGCAAAACCUGGCGUUGUUUUGGCUGAUGGCUUUGUAGCUAGCCCCAUCAGCAGCACAUUCAGCACCACCCAGCCAGUUGCCACCAUGGUGCAGGCACACGCCCAGGGAGGAGUAGGGGGAGCCCCGCCUCUGGUCUCCUCCCCUAGACCCAGCAUCCUCCGCAAAAAGCCUGCUAAUGAAGGAUGUGUCCGUAAGAACCUGAUCCCCGCCCAGCCUAGUGAACCCGGUAGUAGCAGAAUUGAGAGUGGCGUGCGGGGAGCAGGAUCUCCCCGACCUGCAGGAGUGAAACCCAAAGCUGAGGUGCACAUGGCGGUGGCCCCUCCUGUCAUGGCUACAGUGGAGGCACUGUCUUCUCAGGGGGGAGAGCAAACCAUCCCCACCAUGCUCGCUACGCCGGGGCCUGUUCCUCCCUCCCAGCCCUCCACCGUCCUCUCGGCCCUGCCAACAGCCAUGGCUGUAACUCCCCCCGUCCCUGCUUCGAUGGCCAACACUGUGGCCUCCCCCACUCAGCCUGCAGCCAGUAGCACUGCAGCGUGUGCUGCCAGCUCCGCCUGCCCAGAUUUGAAAAUUAAGCAUGAGGUGGAGACCAUGGAAACGUCACAGCCAGAUCCCAAUUCAAACUUGUCUUCAGCCUCGGCCCUCAACAGCCAGGCCUCCACCCUAAACACGCCCGCCAUAGGAGACCUGAUCCCUGGGGCCUCCCCGAGGAAGAAGCCCCGCAAGCAGCAGCAUGUUAUUUCUACAGAGGAGAGCGAGAUGGUGGAGACCAACAGCACAGAUGAGGAGAAGGCUCCAGGCAGGCCCAUCACCGGCAGGGCUGAGAGACGGGAAUCUCCACCAAGGGAAUAUGUUGAUGAGGAAGGAGUGCGUUAUGUACCCGUCAGGCCUCGGCCACCUGUUACUCUUCUGCGACACUACAGGAACCCCUGGAAAGCUGCCUACCACCACUUUCAGAGGUACAGCGACAUCCGGGUCAAAGAGGAAAAGAAGGGCAGCUUACAGGAUAUGGCCAACCAGAGAGGAGUGGCAUGCAGAGCACAAGGCUGGAAAAUUCACCUGUGUGCUGCACAGCUCAGGCAGCUGUCGAGUUUGGAGCAUGAUGUGUACAGCCGCCUCUCCACCCUCCAGGAGGGCUUGAUUCCUAAGAAGAGAGCGGGCUCCGAUGAUGACCUGCACCGAAUCAACGAGCUUAUACAGGGGAACAUGCAGCGCUGUAAACUGGUGAUGGACCAGGUCACUGAGGCCAGAGACACCAUGAUGAAAGUCCUGGACCACAAGGAGAAAGUGCUGAAGCUGCUCAACAAGAACGGUUCCGUCAAGAAGUCGUCCAAACUGAAGCGUAAAGAACGGGCAUAAGCUUGGCCCUUCUCCUCUGUCAGGAAGGAGCUGCUCAGAAUCUGGUGCUAAGAUUUGCUGCAAACAAUCUCACGCACCCUCCCUAUCUGCCUGAGAGCAGACAGACAGAAGUGACAGGAAGGCUAAAAGAAGCAGAAAACCCCGCCAGGAAUAGGUUCUCAUUCUAGACCCAGCGCACGUAUUGAGCGUGGAGCAUUGUAGGUUGCAUUAGAGUGUCCGACUGGACAGCCCUGUCACUGUUUCCCCUUCCAACCCCUCCCCCCUUUUUUUUCUUAAUUUUGAAGACCCCAGAGAACAAUUUUAAUAACUUAAAUCCUGCGUCUUUUAAAACAUUGUUUGAACUGGUGCAUUGGGUGUCUGUGAUAUUUGGCACUUAAUGCAGUCGUAUUAAAAAGUGAUGAAAGUAUUUCAGUUAAGGCGAACCACAUAGGAGUUAGGGUUUGGGUUUGAAUGGGUCAAAUCAAAACAAUUAAAAAGGAGUCCAUCACUGAGCUGUGUGUAUACAGGCUAAUCUCAAUCGUGCUCUUUUCAUUAACCUGUGCCUUCAUUUUGUCACGUGUACAUGAAAUAAUAGUUGGGACACGUGAAAGCUGUUCCACGUGCUGUCUAAAUGUUCUUAAAAUAUCUUUCAAAGAAAAGUGUCACUGUUUCCCCUUUUUCUCCAAACACCUGCAUUUUUGUAGUUACCAGCCCCAAGUUUAGGUGUAAUCUAGAAAAUAAUGACAAAAAAGUACUAGGAGAGAACCUAAAUGUGUCAGAUUUAAUACAUGUAAUAUCCACAAAAUGCUCUUAAGGGAUGAUUAGUGACCUAAGAUGGUUGUCUCAAAGUGAGAACAUGCUGCAUAUGCAUAAUGCCAAGUUAACUUUACAUUUAAACUGCCAACAAUCAUCUUCUUAAUCCAAAGUAAAUGGACGUCAUGGUGGUGAAAACUAUAUCAUCGUUUGGUCUCAGAAAGUGUUGUGCUUGAAAGGGGUGAGUAUCCUUGUGUGAUCAUUCUGGUGGAUUGAAUUCAUGUAAAUCCCUGUAAAUGUGCUUUUGGUUUCCAUUGACCCGGUUCUUUUCCAGUUUUGUACUCGAUGAAACGUUUUGUGCCGUGUGAUGUGCGCCUCUUCAUGUUGUAGAGUGUCACAGCGAUAAUGACGACGACAAGAUGAAGUGAGCCCAAAACAUCAAGCUGUUGUACAUUGUUUUUGUCUGUGUAAUUAUAGUAAAGAUACUUAAACAUACCAGA